CAGGUUGUUCAUUGUGUACUUGUUUCAGAUGCAAGCAGGUUAGCCUAUUCUUACUCAGUUGUUUAGAGUCUUGUCAUCAUUGGCAAGUCACAUUGUACAUACUUGUGUCAUAAUCCACCUUUGGGUGUGGUUGUUAAUAAAACAAUAAAUUUUAAAUUAAUUUAUAACUUACAUACUGGACAGUAAGUUGUGUAAAGUUAAUUUUUUAUUACCAUAAAAAAGUUCACUGCCGAAUUUUACAAUGAAAAAACGAAGUUUAAGUGGAGAUGUUGGUGUUGGAGUAUUUAUUGUAGUCCUCGUGUGUGUAUGCGUCGCUUUUGGGACACCUGCAUGGCUCGUAAGCGAUACCAGGAUAACUGGGGCACGAUUGGAUAGAUUGGGUCUUUGGAAUCAUUGUUUUAGAUCCUUAGGCAAUCCUCAAGAGCCAUCAACUGCUCCAACAAGAUUUUUCGUUGGUUGUCGUUGGGUUUAUGAUCCAUUUACCACUGGUUAUUCAGAAAUUCGUGGAUUUCUUUUACCUCCAUUCAUGGUAGCAACCCAGUUUUUCUUCACUCUAUGUUUCUUUGGAUGUCUGAUAUCCUUCGGUCUAGUAUUAUUUUACACAUUGUGUUCUGAUCCAGAGCAAAAACGAUAUGUCCAACUAAUCCAAGUAAUCGGAUUUUUAUUACUAUUUUCUGGCGUGACUGGAUGUAUAGCCAUCAUAAUUUUUGCCUCUUUGGGUAAUGGAGAAGGAUGGAUGCCAGGUCAUGAAAAUAAUUUCUUAGGGUGGUCCUUCAUCAUUGGUGCCAUUGGCAGCGUUUUGGCAAUUAUUGCAUCUAUUUUAUUCCUCGCUGAGGCUAAUGUGCAAAAGAAAAAACGAGACUAUCUCAAAGAAUCUCAAACACGUAUCCAAAUGGAAUCCAAAACACCCAUAACAUAAUUUUCAGGCUAUUAGUUUAAGUUAUAGUAAUACUUUUUAUACUUUUUAUACAGUCAUAAGUACGUUACCAAUCCGUCCAAUAAUUGUGACUUAUUAAAGUUUUAUUAUAAAAUUAUCAAUAAAUUAAUUCCGUCCUUAAGUACAAACUCAAAGUGUUGAAUUAAUAAUGUUUAAUACUGAUCUUAUUUUGCUUGAAAAUAACUCAACAUGACUUAGUAUUUUGAAUGAUAUUUUAUGUAUUAUCAGUAGUUUUUAAAAAUUUUGGUAUUCCAUUAUUUUUCUUUUUUCAUUUUUAUAAUUAAUUUUUGUAUUUACUAUGCUGUAAAUAGAAUUUAAAAAAAUCAUGCACUGGUAAAUUUAUUCAUAAU